AUGUGGGUUCUAUCACCACCUAGUCCUGUGACCCUGAACAAGGAAGCAGCUGCCGUUUAUUACGCACGCCAUGCUAAGCCUAGUCCCCACACGGCCGAGGCGGUGUCCGCCCCGUGUAAACCGAGUCCUCACACGGCCGAGGCGGUGUCCGCCCCGAGUAAACCGAGUCCUCACACGGCCGAGGCAGUGUCCGCCCCGUGUAAACGGAGUCCUCACCCGGCCGAGACGGUGUCCGCCCCGAGUAAACCGAGUCCUCACACGGCCGAGGCAGUGUCCGCCCCGUGUAAACGGAGUCCUCACCCAGCCGAGGCGGUGUCCGCCCCUUGUAAACCGAGUCCCCACACGGCCGAGGCGGUGUCCGCCCCGUGUAAACGGAGUCCUCACCCAGCCGAGGCGGUGUCCGCCCCUUGUAAACCGAGUCCCCACACGGCCGAGGCGGCGUCCGCCCCGUGUAAACCGAGUCCCCACACGGCCGAGGCGGCGUCCGCCCCGUGUAAACCGAGUCCCCACACGGCCGAGGCGGUGUCCGCCCCGUGUAAACGGAGUCCCCACACGGCCGAGGCGGUGUCCGCCCCUUGUAAACCGAGUCCCCACACGGCCGAGGCGGUGUCCGCCCCGUGUAAACCGAGUCCUCACACGGCCGAGGCGGUGUCCGCCCCGAGUAAACCGAGUCCUCACACGGCCGAGGCGGUGUCCGCCCCUUGUAAACCGAGUCCCCACACGGCCGAGGCGGUGUCCGCCCCGAGUAAACCGAGUCCUCACACGGCCGAGGCGGUGUCCGCCCCGAGUAAACCGAGUCCUCACACGGCCGAGGCGGUGUCCGCCCCUUGUAAACCGAGUCCCCACACGGCCGAGGCGGCGUCCGCCCAGUGUAAACCGAGUCCUCACACGGCCGAGGCGGUGUCCGCCCAGUGUAAACCGAGUCCUCACACGGCCGAGGCGGCGUCCGCCCCGAGUAAACCGAGUCCUCACACGGCCGAGGCGGUGUCCGCCCCAAGUAAACCGAGUCCUCACACGGCGAGGCGGCGUCCGCCCCGUGCGGCGUCCGCCCGGUGUAAACCGAGUCCCCACACGGCCGAGGCGGCGUCCGCCCGGUGUAAACCGAGUCCUCACCCGGCCGAGGCGGUGUCCGCCCCUUGUAAACGGAGUCCCCACCCGGCCGAGGCGGUGUCCGCCCCUUGUAAACCGAGUCCUCACGCGGCCGAGGCGGUGUCCGCCCCUUGUAAACCGAGUCCUCACACGGCCGAGGCGGUGUCCGCCGCGUGUAAACCGAGUCCUCACACGGCCGAGGCGGUGUCCGCCCCGUGUAAACGGAGUCCCCACACGGCCGAGGCGGUGUCCGCCCCGUGUAAACCGAGUCCUCACACGGCCGAGGCGGUGUCCGCCCCGUGUAAACGGAGUCCCCACACGGCCGAGGCGGUGUCCGCCCGGUGUAAACCGAGUCCCCACACGGCCGAGGCGGCGUCCGCCCCGUGUAAACCGAGUCCUCACGCGGCCGAGGCGGUGUCCGCCCGGUGUAAACCGAGUCCUCACGCGGCCGAGGCGGUGUCCGCCCCGUGUAAACGGAGUCCCCACGCGGCCGAGGCGGUGUCCGCCCCGUGUAAACCGAGUCCUCACACGGCCGAGGCGGUGUCCGCCCCGUGUAAACGGAGUCCCCACACGGCCCAGGCGGCGUCCGCCCGGUGUAAACCGAGUCCUCACACGGCCGAGGCGGCGUCCGCCCCGUGUAAACGGAGUCCCCACACGGCCGAGGCGGUGUCCGCCCCGAGUAAACAGAGUCCUCACACGGCCGAGGCGGCGUCCGCCCCGUGUAAACGGAGUCCUCACACGGCCGAGGCGGUGUCCGCCCCGUGUAAACCGAGUCCCCACACGGCCGAGGCGGUGUCCGCCCCGUGUAAACGGAGUCCCCACACGGCCGAGGCGGUGUCCGCCCCAGGUAAACGGAGUCCCCACACGGCCGAGGCGGUGUCCGCCCCGAGUAAACCGAGUCCUCACACGGCCGAGGCGGUGUCCGCCCCGUGUAAACGGAGUCCCCACCCGGCCGAGGCGGUGUCCGCCCCUUGUAAACCGAGUCCUCACGCGGCCGAGGCGGUGUCCGCCCCGAGUAAACCGAGUCCCCACACGGCCGAGGCGGUGUCCGCCCCGUGUAAACGGAGUCCUCACACGGCCGAGGCGGUGUCCGCCCGGUGUAAACCGAGUCCUCACACGGCCGAGGCGGUGUCCGCCCCGUGUAAACCGAGUCCUCACGCGGCCGAGGCGGUGUCCGCCCCGUGUAAACGGAGUCCCCACACGGCCGAGGCGGUGUCCGCCCCGUGUAAACCGAGUCCUCACACGGCCGAGGCGGUGUCCGCCCCGUGUAAACGGAGUCCCCACACGGCCGAGGCGGUGUCCGCCCGGUGUAAACCGAGUCCUCACACGGCCGAGGCGGCGUCCGCCCCGUGUAAACGGAGUCCCCACACGGCCGAGGCGGUGUCCGCCCCGAGUAAACCGAGUCCCCACACGGCCGAGGCGGCGUCCGCCCCGUGUAAACGGAGUCCUCACACGGCCGAGGCGGUGUCCGCCGCGUGUAAACCGAGUCCUCGCACGGCCGAGGCGGUGUCCGCCCCGUGUACACGGAGUCCCCACACGGCCGAGGCGGUGUCCGCCCCGAGUAAACCGAGUCCUCACACGGCCGAGGCGGUGUCCGCCCCGAGUAAACCGAGUCCCCACACGGCCGAGGCGGUGUCCGCCCCGAGUAAACCGAGUCCCCACACGGCCGAGGCGGUGUCCGCCCCUUGUAAACCGAGUCGCCACACGGCCGAGGCGGUGUCUGCCCCUUGUAAACCGAGUCGCCACACGGCCGAGGCGGUGUCCGCCCCGAGUAAACCGAGUCCUCACACGGCCGAGGCGGUGUCCGCCCCGAGUAAACCGAGUCCUCACACGGCCGAGGCGGUGUCCGCCCCGUGUAAACCGAGUCCUCACACGGCCGAGGCGGCGUCCGCCCAGUGUAAACCGAGUCCUCACACGGCCGAGGCGGCGUCCACCCCGUGUAAACGGAGUCCUCACACGGCGGCGUCCGCCCCGUGUAAACGGAGUCCUCACAGGGCCGAGGCGGUGUCCGCCCCGAGUAAACCGAGUCCUCACACGGCCGAGGCGGUGUCCGCCCCGAGUAAACCGAGUCCUCACACGGCCGAGGCGGUGUCCGCCCAGUGUAAACCGAGUCCUCACACGGCCGAGGCGGCGUCCGCCCAGUGUAAACCGAGUCCUCACACGGCCGAGGCGGCGUCCACCCCGUGUAAACGGAGUCCUCACACGGCUUAG